AUGUCUGAAGAAUCGAAGCCAACCCGUCUCUCCGCCUUCCAGAAUUUAUUUAACUUCACCAGCCCAGCGGCAAAAAGAUUGCUGGGGUGGAGGCAAGGCGACGAGGAGGAGAACUGGUCGGAGAAGGCCGUGGAUUUGUUGGUGAAGAAGUUGAAAAAACGCAAAGGUGCUUUGGAGGACCUGGAGCAAGCCUUAUCCACACCGGGAGCGCCGAGCAAAUGCGUGACUCUGCCGAGGAGUUUGGACGGCAGAUUGCAGAUAUCGCACAGAAAAGGCUUGCCGCACGUGAUCUACUGCAGAGUUUGGAGGUGGCCGGACCUGCAGAGCCAUCACGAGCUGAAGAGUUUGGAGGCGUGCCAGUUUCCCUUCAACGCAAAGCUGCAGGAAGUGUGUAUCAACCCUUACCACUACGAGAGGAUUCAAUCCGAUGUCUUACCGCCGGUUUUAGUACCGAAAUUCAACGAUUUUGUGCCUGGUUAUUCGAGAUUACCAUACCCGCAACCAUCGGAGCCCAAUAUGCCUUACAACGUGACCUACUCGCCCAGCGGGAGUUCCCCAGGAUCGCCUUUCUCGACCAUGUCGAGUCCAAGCCAUACUAACUACGAAACGGCUUCGGAAUCUUACAGCCCCAGGCGCGACGUGCCAAGCAGCCCCACGCACUCCAUCGGCUACGACGUGCAACCCAUAGCCUACCAAGAGCAGCCUUGUUGGUCCUCUAUAGCCUACUAUGAGUUGAACACGAGAGUCGGUGAGGUAUUCAAAUGCCACUCGUCGUCGGUUUUUGUGGACGGUUUUACCGAUCCAGUGAGCAAUAACGACCGGUUUUGCUUGGGGCAGUUAAGCAACGUCAACAGAAAUUCCACCAUUGAAAACACCAGGAAACACAUCGGGAAAGGUCUGCACCUAUACAGCGUCAAUGGAGAGGUUUAUCUAGAGUGCCUAUCCGAUUGCUCGAUUUUCGUACAAUCCCGCAACUCCAACGUGCAACACGGUUUCCACCCCUCUACCGUAUGCAAACUACCCUCCAAAUGCUCGCUAAGAAUCUUCAACAACGCCCAUUUCGCCCAGUUACUAACCGAGUGCGUUAACUAUGGCUUUGAAGCAGUCUACGAGCUCACGAAAAUGUGCACCAUAAGAAUAAGUUUUGUCAAAGGUUGGGGGACGGAGUACCACAGACAGGAUGUAACCAGCACCCCCUGUUGGUUGGAGGUGCACUUACAUGGCCCCCUGCAAUGGCUAGACAAGGUUCUAACUCAAAUGGGGUCGCCACACAACGCCAUAAGUUCGGUCUCAUAA